CAGGGCCCGGACACCUGGGGCCCGACUCACCUCUGCGAACUCGGCGGUGUCUCCUUCCCGGGCGGCUCGGGUUCCCGGAUCCCCUUACCAGGCCGUCUCGGCUGUCGCGCCCUGGGCCGGGGGAGGGGAGGCUGCAGGAAGCCGCGGAUCCGGCGGCGGCGGCGAGGGCCCGGUGGGUGGCCGAGCUUCUCCCGCCAUGGAGAGCGCAGCGGCCCGCGAGGCCCGGGGCGCCGAGACCCCGCGCGCGCCCGCGCCCCCGCCCUCGCCCUCGGAGCCCCCGGCCGCGCCCCGCGCCCGCCCGCGCCUGGUCUUCCGCACGCAGCUGGCGCACGGGAGCCCCACGGGCAAGAUCGAGGGCUUCACCAACGUCCGCGAGCUGUACGCCAAGAUCGCCGAGGCCUUCGGGAUCGCGCCCACUGAGAUCUUAUUCUGCACCCUCAACAGCCACAAAGUGGACAUGCAGAAGCUCCUAGGGGGGCAGAUAGGCCUGGAGGACUUCAUCUUCGCCCACGUGCGAGGAGAGACCAAGGAGGUGGAGGUCACUAAAACAGAGGACGCUCUGGGGCUGACCAUCACGGACAACGGGGCCGGCUACGCCUUCAUCAAGAGAAUCAAGGAAGGCAGUAUCAUCAACCGGAUCAAGGCGGUGUGCGUGGGAGACAGCAUCGAAGCCAUCAACGACCACUCCAUCGUGGGCUGCCGCCACUACGAGGUGGCCAAGAUGCUCCGGGAGCUUCCCAAGUCCCAGCCCUUCACCCUGAGGCUGGUGCAGCCCAAGAGGGCCUUUGAUAUGAUUGGCCACAGAAGUCGGUCCAGCAAAUGUCCCAUAGAGGCGAGAGUGACCAGCGGGAGGGAGACCUUGCGGCUUCGUUCUGGGGGGGCCGCCACGGUGGAGGAAGCGCCCAGUGAGUUUGAGGAGGAGGCGUCUCGGAAGGUUGAUGACCUGCUGGAAAGCUACAUGGGCAUUCGGGACCCUGAGCUGGGUAAGGGGCCAGGCGUCCACCAUGGUGGAGACGUCCAAGAAGACAGAGAGUGCCCAGGAGUUUGCACGCUGUUUAGACUCCGUCUUGGGCGAGUUUGCCUUCCCCGACGAGUUUGUGGUGGAGGUGUGGGCCGCCAUUGGAGAGGCCAGGGAGGCCUGCGGCUAGUCUGCCCCGGGGGGACCCAGCACAGCCCCAGCCCGGAGCCCAGCCCCCUGCCCCGGCCCUGCUCCAGAACCCUGUCCUUCUCUAGAAUCCAGCCUAGAUCUGAGGCCAAGCUAUGUGCUAGUGCCCAGACCAGCUCUGAGAUGAUGCCCAGCAUCGAGACCAAGCCCUAUUCUAGAGCCCAGGCCACCCCCGAGACAAAGCUCAGCUCUAGAACCCAGAUGAGCUCUGAAACCAUGCCCAGCUCUAGAACCCAGAUGAGCUCUGAGACCAUGCCCAGCUCUAGAAUUCACAUGAGCUCUGAGACCAAGCCCAGCUCUAUAACUCAGAUGAGCUCUGAGACCAAGCCCAGCACUGACACCAACCCCUGUUCUAGAACUCAGACCAGCUCUGAGACCCAGCCCAGCUCCAGAACCCAGAUGAGCUCUGAGGCCCAGCCCAGCUCUACAACCCAGAUCAACUCUGAGGCCACACCUAGCCCUAGAACCCAGAUGAGCUCUGAGACCCAGCCCAGCUCCAGAACCCAGAUGAGCUCUGAGACCCAGCCCAGCUCCAGAACCCAGAUGAGCUCUGAGACCCAGCCCAGCUCUAGAACCCAGAUGAGCUCUGAGACUCAGCCCAGCUCUAGAACCCAGAUAAGCUCUGAGACCCAGCCCAGCUCUAGAACCCUGAUGAGCUCUGAGACCACACCCAGCCCUAGAACCCAGAUGAGCUCUAAGACCCAGCCCAGCUCUAGAAUCCAGCUGAGCCCUGACAGCAAGCCUAGCUCUGGAAUGCAGACAAAUUUUAAGACCCUGGCCAGCUUGGGGACGAAUCUCAGUUCCAGAAUCCAGGCUAGCUCGGAGGCCAAGCCCUGCUGGAACACUCGAGCAGACUCUGGCACUCUGGACUCUCGGUCUGGCUCCAGAACCCCAGUUAAUUUUGGCACCCAUGUGAGAUUCAUGAAGCAGCCCAGCUCUGGAACCCCAGCCAGCUCAGGAUUCAGAGACAGCUCCCAAAUCGAACCGUAUUCAAGAACUCACACCAGCUCAGAAACGCAGACCCGUGCAGCUGCCCAGUCUAGAUUCCAACCCCAGCCCUGCUCUAAAACCCAGCUGCAUGCAAGUACCCAUCCCUAUCCUGCAGCCCGGUCCAGUUCCAGUGAUGAUUCCAGCUCUGAGACUGGGCCCAGCUCUAGAACCCCACCUAGUGCUACAACCAGGUCCAACUUCAGGAUUCAGACCAGCCCUGGAACGCUGUCCGUCCCGGAAGCAGGGCCCAGCCCCAGCACACAGCUUGGUGCUGAGCCCCGCUCUCCCAGCAGAACGCAGAUCAGCUCUAGAACGCAGUUUGCUUCCGGGACUCAGACUCAUUUCGAGGCCCGGCCAAGUUCCAGAGCUCAACCCAGCCCAGGCACCGCAGCCAACUCUAGAAGUCAUCUCGGUUCUGCAGCGCAGACUGGUUCUGAAAUCCCAGCCAGCUCCAAAAUGCAGACAGUGGCCGAGACCCAGGCAAAUUCCAGAAUCCGGCUAAGCCUUGGAGUCCAAUCUAGUCCUGGGACCCAGGACAUUGCAGCAACAGAGCUAAGCUCCGCGGCCCUGUCGAGUUCCGACAGCAGGCCCGGCUCCAGGACCCAGCGCUGCCCAGGAGCUCAACCAACCUCCGGGACCCAACUCACCUCUGGAACCCUGCCAGGUUCUAGAUACCAGCUCCAGACCACAACCCCAGACAGCUCUGGUAUUCAAGUGGACUUUGGGAAGCAGCCCAGCUCUGGAACCCAGCUCAGCUCUAGAACCCACGUCAGUCCUGGGAGUCAGUCCAGCUCUGAAACCCAGACCAGCUCGAGAAUUCAGCCCGAUCCUGGAGCCCACCUUAGCUCCAGAACCCAGUCCAGCGCUGAGACCGGGCUCAGCUCAGAAACCCAGACCAGCUCCAGAAUUCAGCCCAGCCCCGGAGCCCACCGGAGCCCUGGAGCCCAGCCCAGCUCCGGCACUCACACCAGUUCAAGAAUCUGGCUGAGCCCUCGAAGUGGGCUGUGCUCACAGACCCCUGGCCUUGACCCUAGAAUUCAGCUUGAGGCCCCUGCCCCAGCCGGACCUCAGCCCCCAGGCCCACCCCCCAGAGCCCCCACCGCAACCCCUAGCAGAGACCCCCAGCCUCUGCCUCAGCCCCAUGAUCAGGUCCAUGGCACCCAGGUCAGCCCUGGCCCCGUUCCAGGCUCACCCCCAGCCUCCUACCUGGCCCCUCAGCCACAGGCCUCCUCAACCCCCCAGAAGCCAGCCCUUCCCCCAAAGCCUGAGCUGGGACCGCAGAAGUCCACCCCACCCACCAUAUCUGUCUCUCUUAGCCCCACCCCCAGGGCAGCCCUCCUGAGUUCCCACCCUUCUGAGUCCCCAGCGCUGGCUCCUGCCCCUUCCCCUACUCUGGGGGAACCAGGACCCCUCCAUUACUGCAGGGGGCUGUAGACUGGGGUGACUUAGCCCUGGUUCCUGUGGUUCCCAUCCUGUCCUGUCCCUUUCAGCUUGUUCCCCCAGAAGCAGCAAGUGACCUUAUAUUCCCAGCAGGCAGUGGCGGGGGUGGGGGCGGGGUACGGUGGUAGAAUCAGGGGCUUCGGUUUCACCGGGCCUGGCUCACAUCCAGGUCCUGGGAAGGAAAAGGAGGGGGGAGACAUCCCGCACCACAUGUACCCUGAGGCUCGUGGUGAAUAAAGGCGCCUCCCAUCUCUGGAGCCUGGUGUGUCAUUUUGAGGGGAAUUAGGGGAGCGCGGAGAUGUGGGGCUGGGGCUGCUGGCUGAAACUACGCUGAGCACCUCCUGACCACCUACUAUGUACCAAGCAUGUCAUUAAGCACCACAAGGGCAUGAGCUUUCAUGCCUGCACAUGACGGGUGCUCCAUGAAGACCCAGACGUUGGUCCUUUCUUUUUCUGAGACAGA